GUAAAUAGAAAAAUAGAAAAAAGUCGGGGAAUCAAAAUUCUGAUUUCCUCCCUUCCCAUCAGCCUGCGACGGAAAUAGCGGGAAGUAUUGUCGGUGAAUGAAACAUGGGAAACAAAUGAAGAGACGCCGAGUAAGCUGGGGUUUGGAUAGGGUUUGAAAUUGGAGGAACCAACCCAUAAGAUGCUCAGGAUUGGUUUGGGGCUGGGUCUGCUAUUUUAGGGAAUCCACCAGGGAAGGGAAGAGGCAAAGAGAUAGGCGGUACGGGGAUGAGGGGUCCGGCGGUAUGCUGGCGGUGCAGAUUAGUUGGGGGAUGAUAAAGGGGUUCCAUGCUUCUUUGCAAGCAGGGAAAUGGUUGAAACCGGGGGAAAAGAUGAAGCGAAAAGGGUGCCGAAGUUCAGGGCCCAGGGCCAAUGUUGUACAGGUAUGCGGGCUCCCGUCUCAACAAUCUUGUGGGGUAAGUGCUGGCCGGGGGGGAGGUCGUGGUGAUUGAUGCCGGUAGUCUAUUGGAGAGUUUACUUGUAAGUUACAAGCGAUGAUACCGGCACUCGAGUACAGUCCCAGUGCAGUACAAUGCGAGUACCGUACCGGUACUGUACUGUACGAGUGCCGUACCGACCAAGAAGUGAGAAGUCCGAAAAAUACGUAAGCGGAGACAUGGACAGCGCACUAACCGCAUAUUUCAGAUACAUGGACACAAUGUACAGUAGCGGUGGUCUCGGGGGGGAGAAAACAGCUCCCCGCUUUCCGAGCGGUGGGGCUUGUGAGCCUUCGACUCAGCCAGAGAGGCAGGCGUGAUUGCCCCAGAAACGCCGCGGAUGCUGCUGCGGCCACAACUAUCAACAAAUCAUCGAAACUCAAAUCCAAAUAAAUUCCUUGCACUCGAAAUGUAAAUGUAAAAUAAUUGCUGCCAUUCGUCUGUUCACCCGUUUCCUGCCCAUUUCAUUAAACCUUAGCACGAACGCCUGUAUUUGUACCGCCCUCUCCCCGUCCGUAGCAGGCGAGAAGGCCCUUCUAUCAUGCGAAGAGGAGGAAGGAGAAAGGAAAACGAGAAGCCCGCUCCUCUCACACUAGUGCUUAGUCAAAGAGCCGAUGAAGCUACGAUAGAGAAACGGAGGAAAAGAGCCAGUGGGCAGGGGAGAGAUUGCUGGGGAGUUGGCCUGCAAGCCUGGAGGCAAAGUGUCAUAUCGUAUGAAGUACAUAAGGGGACCGGAUCCAGAAGAAACGUUCUGUUGCCCUCUCCUAACUUCCAUGUUUGAGCGGCGGCUACGGUUCUCUCGCCAUACUAAAGUGGAUCGACCCUCCCGCCAAGUACAAAACUUGCCUCCUUUCCCAACUCAAACUUACCCUCCUGCUUCCUACUUCCCCACCAUCUCAACUUCCACAACACCUCAACUCAACCCUCUUUUCUCUCCUCCUCACCUCUCCGUCAACUCUUCCUCGCUUCACUUUACGCCCUCGAUGUGAGUAUUCCUCUGCCUUGCUCCUAUUUAUUUCCAUCUUUCUAUUCCUCCCUUCCUUUACAACUUCCUUUUCUCCCUCCCCCUUCCCCCCCCCCGUUCCCUAUUCCUGCGUUGUUGUCCUCUGGCCCCAACAUCACCGUCUCCCUGCUCGUACUGACCCCGCCUUGUCCACAGCCGUUACUCCCACAACCUUCAGCCAAUAACACUCCCAUAACCACCAGUUCGAAAUGGCCCUCAAGAGAAUUAACAAGGAGCUCAGUGAUCUCGGAAGGUAUGGCUUUUUCCCCUAUACUGCUCCAAAAAUCGGUUUUCGCUUUGGCUCCCCUUGAGAGUCGCGUGAGGGGGCGUUGCCUAUCGGUUGAAAGUUGUUGCUUGUUGUUGAUUUGGCACUUGGAGCUAACUGUUUACCCUUAGAGAUCCACCCUCUUCAUGCAGUGCUGGUCCUAUUGGCGAGGAUCUGGCAAGUUUUACCUCCAUCCUUUCCCCCUGAAAGAUUUCUUUGACUUCAAACGGGGUUUGCUAUUUAAGCUUUCUUACCAGUUGGGCGUCGUGACGUUUGGAGACGGAAUACUGACGUCCUGUUUAGUUUCAUUGGCAAGCAACCAUUAUGGGUCCUGUAUGUUGACCCUUGCUUGGGAGCUUCCUUUAACGAGAUAUGAUCGAGCCAAAGGCCCGGCCCGAGUCAUAGCCGAGGCGAAUGUACUUGCUAACCCGUGUUUUUUUGUCAUCCUUAGGCAGACAGCCCUUACUCCUCUGGAGUAUUCUUUCUAUCCAUCGCUUUCCCCACCGACUAUCCCUUCAAGCCUCCCAAGGUCAACUUCACCACCCGUAUCUAUCAUCCAAAUAUCAACGCCAAUGGUAGUAUCUGCUUGGAUAUCUUGAGAGAUCAAUGGUCGCCAGCUCUUACUAUCUCUAAAGGUACGUACCUUCCUUGUCAUUGCCGUAUCUUUGCAAGCUACUCGAUCUUCACAUGAGCCCUAUCGCUAGGAAUAGGUUCUUUUCUUGGAAAAAAAGCUAAAUUUUUUUGCUAAUCGUUUGUCUCCAGUUCUACUUUCUAUCUGUUCGAUGCUCACAGAUCCGAACCCCGAUGACCCCCUUGUACCUGAGAUUGCACAUGUCUACAAGACCGAUCGUGCCAGGUAUGAGGCUACGGCCAGGGAGUGGACUAGGAAGUACGCCAUUUAGUGAUGGGCGUGGUACGGAUCAUGGUGGACUUGGCGGAUGGGCAUUCUUUAGUCUGUUUUUUUCCAUUAGGGAUGGUGCAAAUUAAACAACCUUUUCUGAUCCUCGGUGGUGGAGCUUUUAUGUUUAACGGGUGGUGGGUGAACUCAAACAUUGCGACUUGUAACGAAACAAACUUUAGCUGGUAUCAAACUUGUGGUGUUUUAUGGGGGGGCUAGGGAUUCUGUAGCUGGUGUGUUGUCAAAUUUGCAAAUAAUGCGAGAAACUGUUAUAUUAUACUUACCCUUUGUAUAGCUGUGGAGUCAUGGAUAUCAUUUUAUUUGAUCCCCCUAACAUCAACAAGUCGCUAGGGGAGAAGAACCGCAUCUUGUCUGAUACAAGUCCCAUAUAAUUGGUCCUCCCUUCCUAACCUCGCCAUCCCAUCCCAUUAACCAGCCAGUCGCUCGCCUUCCGUUACACUCUGGUGGCUGAUAGCGUAGCGGCACAAGCAACAUCACCUUCUCGAACCGCUUUGCCACCUAUCCCGCAUGAAGCUACAGCACUCGUACAGGCGCCUAUUGUCCUCAAGCCCUACAGCGUUCCGUAAUUUGUAGCCGGAACAGCGCAUGGAUGGCCAACUUGGCUAGCCCCGUACCACGGCACGUUCGUGCCGAAGCCCCACACCGUCUUGAUGCCGAACAUUGCUUUGAUCGCACACACAGUACUGUACUCGGGGUGGGAAGGGGUGCGGUAGGGCACUGUAUCCGAGUAUCAUGAUAUAAGCCUGUAUAGCAAGAGUAUUAUUGUUUUUAUUCCAUUUCUACUUUUUUCGAAAAGCCUCCAAUCAAGUCGAUUACCGUACCGUGCUCCGAGACCAUUGCAGUCCACUGAUGAGUAGACUAAUCAAGUCCGAAGAACAGUGGUUUAUGAUAAUAGGGCUGUGGUCGUACUGUGCACUAUGGAGCACAGAAUUUGUCGGUAUGAUGCUGUACCGCCUGUUAUGUACUGUACGAGUACCAGCACUCAGCACCGCGUGUAAUUUAGACUAGUGGUGGUGCUGAGGGGAAAAUCGUGCAGACAGCCAGCGGGCCGGGUAAGCUGAGGUCUUUUCCAUACCAUACCAGACCAUACCGUAGCAUCGCGUCAUGUCAUCCAUCACAACCGGUAAUUUACUCACCAGCUCAGCGCGCCUGCUGGACCUGAAGUCGCCAUGAGUUACGUUGACUCGGGCCAGUUGGAAAAGCAAUCUGUUCUCUCUCUCUCUCUCUAACUUGUCUGUGUGAGUGUGAUGUACGAGCACGGUAGCUUGGAUAUCACGGUUUCUGCACCGCGGCUCAAGAAUACUAUUCUUCUUUGUUGGCUGAUCGAGGGUAGUAUCCGGUGGGUGGAAUGGAUCUGAUUAGGUUGUGUUUGUCUCUUUGUUCGGCAGUCUCAUACCGGUGCACGAGGAGAGGUUGUGCAGUUCUAUGAUGGUUCUGAGCUGUGCUGUGGGGCAUAAUAUCAUACGGCACUAUACGAGUACAGUAUAGUACAGUACCAAACCGUGGGAACGUUGGGGCCUGGUGCAGUGGGAAUUUAAUGCCCUUUCUCCCCCCUCCUUCCCAGAAGGAGAAAUUUUUUUUUUUUGAGGAAAACGUUCGAGAUAUGAUAUGAUAUAUCAUACCAUCAUUGAAUAAAAAAUCUAAAAAUCUGAAGCAGCUAUGAUAUGAAUAUGAUACUACUACGAACCCCCUUCCCCGAUAUUUACCCUGGAGAUACUCAAAGUGAUAGGAACAAUGAAGAUCAUGAAAAUUGUCCACUUGGGGCAAAAAAUUACUGUAUACCUCUAUUCCCCCCCCCCCCUAUCUCUGUUUCAGCCCAACCACGGGGGUACGAUAUGCUCUCUCGGCGAUAUCAUAUCAAUCAUAAGGCAGGGGGUCGAAAUAUCGCUCAACUUUCGCCUAGCCAGGCAGAUUUUGAAUGCCCAAUGGGCUGGUCAAGAAGAAGAAAGAAAAAAAAUUGGGGAACUUCCCCCACUUGACGUUUACUGCUCGCGGCUUUUUUUCUUCCUCUUGGGAAACGAUAUUUUUGGAAAAGACUGUGAUGGUAAUUUGGCAAACCAUCGUAGGACAUGUAUCAUAUC